UGUGUGUCGGUGAACAGAGACAGCGCUCAGUCUGGGGCUAGCGCUCUAGUGAGUGCGGACGGAUGCUUAGGCAGUAGUCCUGGCAGCGGCGGCGGCGGCAGUAGUGGUGGCAGCAGAAGAGAGGAAGGGGGAGGGCCCCGAGAGCUACACACUCACACACUUUCAAGUUCCCUUGGAGGGAGAGGAGGUGGGGCUGCAGAAAGAGGAGGCCAGGAGCAGUCCCAUCCGUCCCGUCCCGUCUCCCCGUCUUCCUCUUGCUCCCUGCCCCCUGGCUCUUGGAGAGUUGAGGGUUCGGGUGGCCAUACGUGGCAGUGAGGGCAAGAGGGAGAGGAGAGUGGGGAGUGGAGCCAGGGGUGCGGGGGAAGAUGCCCAUCCUGCUGUUCCUCAUAGACACGUCCGCCUCUAUGAACCAGCGCACUGACCUGGGCACCUCCUAUUUGGACAUUGCCAAAGGCGCUGUGGAGUUAUUCUUGAAGCUGCGCGCCCGGGACCCGGCCAGCCGCGGAGACAGGUACAUGCUGGUCACCUACGACGAACCCCCGUAUUGCAUCAAGGCUGGUUGGAAGGAAAACCACGCAACAUUCAUGAGUGAACUAAAAAAUCUUCAGGCUUCUGGACUGACUACUCUUGGUCAGGCUCUAAGAUCCUCAUUUGAUUUGUUAAAUCUCAAUAGAUUAAUAUCUGGAAUAGACAAUUAUGGACAGGGGAGAAAUCCAUUUUUUUUAGAACCAUCUAUUUUAAUUACCAUCACAGAUGGAAACAAGUUAACAAGUACUGCUGGUGUUCAGGAAGAGCUUCAUCUUCCUUUGAAUUCUCCUCUGCCUGGAAGUGAACUAACCAAAGAACCUUUUCGUUGGGAUCAACGGUUAUUUGCCCUGGUGUUGCGAUUGCCUGGAGUGGCUUCUACUGAACCAGAGCAACUAGGGAGCGUACCAACUGAUGAAUCUGCCAUCACACAGAUGUGUGAAGUCACAGGAGGUCGCUCCUACUGUGUGAGAACACAGAGAAUGUUGAAUCAAUGUUUAGAAUCUCUAGUUCAAAAAGUUCAGAGUGGUGUAGUUAUUAAUUUUGAAAAAACGGGACCAGAUCCACUUCCUAUUGGAGAAGAUGGACUUAUGGAUUCAUCUAGGCCAAGCAAUUCAUUUGCUGCUCAACCAUGGCAUAGUUGUCAUAAACUCAUUUAUGUACGACCUAACUCUAAAACUGGUGUUCCUGUUGGACAUUGGCCAAUUCCAGAAUCUUUUUGGCCAGAUCAGAAUUUACCUUCACUACCUCCACGAACAUCUCAUCCUAUUGUGAGGUUCUCCUGUGUAGAUUGUGAGCCAAUGGUAAUAGACAAACUUCCCUUUGACAAAUAUGAACUUGAACCUUCACCCUUAACUCAGUACAUCUUGGAACGAAAGUCUCCCCAUACCUGCUGGCAGGUAUUUGUUACUAGCAGUGGAAAAUACAAUGAACUUGGAUAUCCAUUUGGUUAUUUAAAAGCCAGUACGACUUUAACUUGUGUAAACCUCUUUGUGAUGCCUUACAAUUACCCAGUUUUACUUCCUCUUUUAGAUGACUUGUUUAAAGUUCACAAGCUUAAGCCAAAUCUGAAGUGGCGACAGGCUUUUGACAGCUACUUAAAAACUCUGCCUCCAUACUACUUAUUACCAUUAAAGAAAGCACUAAGGAUGAUGGGAGCUCCAAAUCUGAUAUCAGAUAAUUUAGAUUGUGGACUUAGUUACAGUGUUAUCUCUUACCUUAAAAAACUCAGCCAACAGACCAAACUAGAAUCAGAACGAAUACUAGCAUCAGUGGGGAAGAAACCUCCCCAGGAAAUUGGAAUCAAAGUGAAAAAUCACUCUGGAGGUGGUGUGUCCUUGAUUCACAAUAAAAAUUUUAGAAAACUGUUGAAAGAAAUCACAGGAGAGACUGUACCAAGACCAACAGAAUUGAAUACCAAAGAAUUUGCUGGCUUCCAAGUAGGGCUCUUAAACAAGGAUUUGAAACCUCAGACAUAUAGAAAUGCUUAUGAUAUUCCACGUAGAGGUCUUUUAGACCAGUUGACCAGAAUGAGAUCCAAUUUGCUAAAAAUGCACAAGUUCAUUGUUGGACAAGAUGAAGAUUCCCUUCAUAGUGUUCCAGUUGCACAAAUGGGUAACUAUCAGGAAUAUCUGAAGACGUUGCCUUCUCCACUACGAGAGAUCGAUCCAGAUCAACCAAAAAGACUGCAUACUUUUGGCAAUCCAUUUAAACAAGAUAAGAAGGGAAUGAUGAUUGAUGAAGCAGAUGAGUUUGUAGCAGGGCCACAAAACAAAGUGAAACGUCCUGGAGAACCCAACAGUCCUAUGUCAUCAAAGAGAAGGCGGAGUAUGUCCCUGCUGUUGAGGAAACCACAAACACCACCUACUGUAACUAACCAUGUGGGCGGAAAGGGACCACCCUCAGCCUCGUGGUUCCCAUCUUAUCCAAACCUCAUAAAACCCACCCUUGUACAUACAGAUGCUACUGUCAUUCACGAUGUCCAUGAGGAGAAGAUGGAAAAUGGUCAAUCCCCACCUGAUGGCUUCCUGUCAAAAUCUCCACUGGAGCUUAUGAACAUGGCAGGAGAUGGUAUUCCAGCCAACCAGUUGGAUUCUCUCUCUGAUGACUUCACUAGUCUCAGCAAAGAUGGGCUGAUUCACAAACCUGGUAGUAAUACACUUGGAGGAGGAGCCAAAAACUGCAAUCUCUCUGUAGAUGAACGAACUAUGCCAAAUACAUUGCAAAUAACUCCUGCUAUGGCACAAGGAAUCAAUGCUGAUAUAAAACAUCAAUUAAUGAAGGAAGUCCGAAAGUUUGGACGAAAGUAUGAAAGAAUUUUCAUUUUGCUUGAAGAAGUACAAGGACCUCUGGAGAUGAAAAAACAGUUUGUUGAAUUUACCAUCAAGGAAGCUGCAAGGUUUAAAAGACGAGUGUUAAUUCAGUACCUUGAGAAGGUACUAGAAAAAAUAGAUUCCUACCACCUUCUCAACAACAUUAAUCACAUCAACAGCAGAUCAUCAUGUUAAUGCAAAGACAGAUGUGAAAAAAUGACAAGUUCUCUGUGCUAUAAGAUGGAAUGUGAAGCCUCCUAGAAUGUUUGAGUCAAGGGAAUUGCCUUCCAGAUGCUGUCAGAAAGCAGUGGAGCUUUUUUUUUUAAAGAUUAUCUGGCAGUUGGCCGGGCUAGGUGGCUCACGCCUGUAAUCCUAGCCCUC